AUGAAAAUUAAUGUCGCCAUUGUCGGGGCCGGAAUAGGCGGGCUAACGUGUGCGAUUGCUUGCCGCCGAGCAAACCGAGCCCUGCAAGUCACUGUCAUCGAGCGAACGCCGGAAGUUUUGACCAUCGGCGCCGGCAUACAUAUUCCACCGAAUGCCUCCCGUAUUCUGGCAGAAUUCGGUCUACUUGAGAAGCUCAAAGAAGCUGGUGGUUAUCAACCAGAUUUUUUCAGGCUCAGAAGAUACUCGGAUGGUCGGGCAAUUGCAGAGAAGCCGCUUAAAACCAGGACUGUGACGGAAUACGGAGCAGAAUGGAUAGCUAUACACAGAGGCGACUAUCAGCGAGUUCUUAUGGAGGAAGCCAGCGCCCUCGGAGUGCGCAUCAUGACAGGAGCGGAGGUUGUUGAUAUCGUUAGAGCCCCCAGCGGACAACAAAAUGUUGUACUGAAAGAUGGGAGCUGUCUGGGCGUUGAUGUGGUAAUAGGUGCAGAUGUCUCACUCUCAGGGCUCUGGUCUCGUAUACGCGAUAUUGUUCUAGAUCGGUCUUUCUCACCUGCCGCUACGGGUGAUUUGGCCUAUCGUGGUACGUUCACCCACGCGCAACUAAAAGCUCAGAAGAACGAAAAACUGGAUGACCUUCUGCAACAAUCAGAUAUACAAGUAUGGCUGGGGUCGGGGAAGCAUGCGGUAUUCUACCCGCUGAGAAAUCGAAAAGAAUAUAACUUGGUAUUGAUCGUGGCCGAUGACCUCCCUCCCGACGCACGAACUUUACCAGGUAAUUCAGAAGAUAUUGCUGCCAAAUUUGUCGAAUGGGAUCCAAUCCUAGCUGACAUCAUCUCGAUCAUGAACUCGCCACUGCAAUGGAAGCUCUUUCACUUCAAGGAGCUCGAUCAGUGGACAAAGGGAACGAUUACGCUCAUGGGGGAUGCAUCACAUCCAACUCCCCCUUAUCAAGGUCAAGGGGCAGCAAUGGCUGUCGAAGACGGUGCGAUUCUAGGAUUGUUUCUGGGAAAAUUCCAAAAGUAUACAGUACCUGCGAGCCAAGAUGACAAAAUGAGACUUUUGUCUAGUUUAUUUGGUUUGUACGAAGACCUGCGCAAGGAUCGAACCAAAGUCAAUGUCGAAGGCGCUGUGCAUACUCGGCACUACUACCAUCUGCCUGACGGUCCAGAGCAAAGAGCUCGUGACAAGGCGUUGGCUGAACUUCCAUUAAAAGAUUGGAAAUUUUCCUGCUCAUUCAACUGGGGUGAUGCGGAGUAUCAGAGGAGUCUACUUGGAUUUGAUGUCCUUGCUGAUGCGGUAGCCAAGUAUGAUGAUUGGCAAAAUGCCAUUUAUCGAAUAUGCGCUUUGACUAUGCCAAAGAAUAUUUUCAUUCCGUGA